GGCAACUCGCAGAGGCAACAGUCGGGGGGAUAGCAACAGAAAGCAGCUCAUCAUCAGAGACAACGGGACGGCUGAGAGAGCCACUCCGGUCUUUCUGUAAGGUGGUCCAGAACAACCUGAUUCAAACAGUUCACACCGAACACACACCCAUCGCAGCAGGAGGAUGGCGGUGAAUGUCUACUCCACCUCUAUGACCAUAGAGAACUUGAGUCGUCAUGACAUGUUGGCAUGGGUCAACGACUCUCUACAGCUCACCUACACAAAGAUUGAGCAGCUCUGCUCAGGUGCUGCAUACUGCCAGUUCAUGGACAUGCUAUUUCCAGGGUGCAUAUUAUUGAAGAAAGUUAAAUUUAAUGCUAAAUUGGAACAUGAAUACAUCCACAAUUUCAAGGUCUUACAGGCUGGGUUCAAGAGAAUGAAUGUGGACAAGAUCAUCCCGGUCGAGAGAUUGGUGAAGGGGAAGUUCCAGGACAAUUUUGAGUUCCUUCAGUGGUUUAAGAAGUUUUUUGAUGCCAACUAUGACGGGAAAGAAUAUGACCCCCUACUGUCACGGCAGGGCCAGGAGGGAACGCCACCUCCACCCAACCCAGGCCCCAUGAGAACAUCUCCCACAGCACCAAAGAGUGUCCCUACCCCGCAGAGGCAGAUCAACAUAGCAGCAGCCCGCAGGAACACUCCUGUGACCCGUAAUGGAGGAGAUGCUGAGCUCAUAGAGCUCAACCAGCAGCUGCUGGACCUGAAGCUGACUGUAGACGGACUGGAGAAGGAGAGGGACUUCUACUUUGGAAAGCUGAGAGACAUCGAGCUCAUCUGCCAGGAACAUGAAAAUGAUAGCAGCCCAGUCCUCAGCAAAAUCAUAGACGUACUGUACGCGACAGAGGAGGGAUUCGCGCCACCAGAGGAUGAGGAAAUUGAAGAAGGAGCACGGGGAGACCAGGAGGAGUUCUGAACUCCUCCUCUUCUCUUCACCAUCAUUUUGUUCCCCUCCCAUCUCUCACCCUUUAAUCUACCUGAUUAUUAUUCUUAUCUAUCCCCCUCUUUUUUCUCUUUUACUUUACUUUUUACAGCCUGCCCUUACUUUUCCCAUUUUGUCUGGUUGUCCAUAUCCAUGACAACUUUGUUGCACAGCCUAGCUUCCCAAACUCCUACUAGCAAAGGCCCUUAACUAAGACAUGUCUGGAUUAGGACCCAUCAGCCUGGCUUGGCUUACUCGACUUAUUCUAACCUGUUACCAGAGGGGAGACAGCUGCACUACAGGGCUAGUUUAGCCUUUCUUGUCUGUCAAUGGUUUAUGGUUAAUAGCAGUGAGAUUACAGGGAUCCAGCACUGACAGCCUGGAGCCAACAGUGCUAUCAGUCGGUCUAUCUGAAGAGGCAGGUCACUUUCUCUCACCAUGCACUGUGAUUGGUGACCACACAUUGACACACACACACACACACACACACACACAUGCAUCAGGGUUCUCUGUAGAGUUUAUAUAUGAAACCACACAAUGUGAUAAGUUUAGAAUAUUUUGGGUGGAAAUGGUAAUAAAUAUAAAGGGUGUAAAGCCUCUUAGGAGAGAGGCCUGCACAUGCAUAUAUUUGAUAAAUGUAUAUGAUGACACAUGUGAACGUACAUUUAACCUGCAGACAUAUCACAGACUUUGAACUGCAUCACAUGUACAUUUAUAGAAAAAAUUAUCAUUCCGAAGCAUAAAAAAAAGAUCACAGAGUAUGUUCUUAUUCAUGAAGUUGUCCCACCAGAGAGGGUUUGCUCAUGAAACUGUUCUGACAGGUUGUUUAUAAGAUAGCAUGAUGUAUUUAUGUUUUUAUUUAUUUAUCUUUUUUUAAUCUGCUCUAUAUAGUUUCUGAAAAAAUGUGUGGUUUUGGAUUUGGGGAAACUGAAGGUCUUGCACUAAAUGUAGCAAAACAAACUGACUGAAAUGAUCCAAAAUGCCAACAUGCAGUGACUGGCUGCUGCCAGGAAGAUAUGGAAAGAUGCAAUUUUAUAUUUUGUAGAUUUGUUUUAAAGAGGUUUGUUUUUUAUUUGCAUUGAAUUCUUCAAUGGCCAAGUCAGACACGUCAAUGUAAAAGUAAUUUAUCAGACAGAUGUCAGGCUUUGAAUUCUAUGAAUGAACAAAUAUAUUAGAAAAAAGAGUAAAACUACAGACAGACACUACUAAAUACUAAUGUUUGACUGUGUAAAAUGAGUUAAACAUUUUAGCUGCUAUUAUUACUCAUCUGUUGCCGUAUUUAAUUUAGUUUUGUUGCUUAGCGGUAAAACACCACAGUGGCUGCCAAGGAGCUAUAGGUGUGGUUUAUUGGGACUGACAGCCAGGCUGAGUGUGAUUGACAUAAGUUGGACCAUUCUGAGAAAACAAAAUAUCAAACCCUGUCUCACCGUUUGUUGCCAUGGCAGCCGUGUGAUAAACUUGCAUCAUUUGGAGUUACUGCUGGAAUGAAAUAAAGUUCUGAGG